AUAUAUUCCCAUUAGCCUCAGAGACUUUCACAACACUUUCAUCUUUCUCUCGUUAACAUGGCUUCUUCUUUGUUGACUUUGUGUCUUCUUUUGGUUUCUCUAACCUCUUCUGCACUCUCAGCCACCCCACGGAGACCAGUGGAUGUUCCAUUUGGCAGAAACUACGUUCCCACAUGGGCUUUCGAUCACAUCAAAUACUUAAAUGGUGGUUCUGAGAUUCAACUUCUUCUUGACAAAUACACUGGCACUGGCUUCCAAACAAAAGGGUCAUAUCUGUUUGGUCACUUCAGCAUGAACAUAAAGAUGGUUCCCGGUGAUUCAGCUGGCACAGUCACUGCUUUCUAUUUAUCAUCUCAAAACGCGGAGCACGAUGAGAUAGACUUUGAGUUCUUGGGGAACAGAACAGGACAACCUUACAUUUUGCAGACAAACGUGUUCACCGGAGGAAAGGGUGACAGAGAGCAAAGAAUCUAUCUCUGGUUUGAUCCCACAAAAGCAUAUCACAGAUAUUCUGUACUGUGGAACAUGUAUCAAGUUGUGUUUCUAGUGGAUAACAUCCCAAUCAGGGUGUUCAAGAACCAGAAGGAGUUGGGAGUGAAGUUCCCGUUUGACCAACCGAUGAAGGUGUACAACAGUUUGUGGAAUGCUGAUGAUUGGGCCACAAGGGGUGGUUUGGAGAAAACCGAUUGGUCAAAAGCUCCUUUCGUAGCAGCGUACAAGGGGUUUCACGUUGAUGGGUGUGAGGCUUCGGUGAAUUCUAGGUUCUGUGCCACGCAGGGAAAAAGAUGGUGGGAUCAAACAGAGUUUCGUGAUCUUGAUUCCUUUCAAUGGCGAAGACUCAAAUGGGUGCGUCAGAAAUUCACCAUCUACAACUACUGCACUGACAGAACCCGCUACCCUCAACUCCCACCAGAAUGCAGAAGAAACCGUGACAUUUAAAUUUUCAUCACUUUCUCUCGCUGCAUUCAUCAUUUUACCAGUUACAAUACUUUAUUCCUACCAUUAUUUAUUACCAUUGUAUUGUUUGGAAUGUGUAAUUAAGGCGUUGGGUUUCAAUACUGAGGAAACUCUAUAAUAAAAAUAUGUGUAUGUUAUGUAAUUCUAUUAUUCUUAUUAUACCUGCUAUCGCCAAUAAUGUAAUAUUCAAUUCUUAUAAUUCUACUUAAA